AUGUGAACCAAUGGGGGGUAGUUUAACAUGAAUAUCAGCCAAUCAGCGCCUAGUUUCGUUGGGGGGUUUAGGUAAUAUAAGGGACAACGAGGCGAGGAGUCGUCAGUGUUCUCGGAGCAUCAGCAACAGCUACACCUUCCAGGAUGAUCGUCUUCAUAUUAUUGGUUUGUGCCAGUGGCGUCCUCGGCGAUCACUACGUGGCUCCAGAUGGGUCAUUGGUGCUCUUCCCGUCUCCUGAUCGACACCCGCAGGCUUCUUCCUCGCUCCUUAUGUCUCCUCCGUCCCCAGGAUCUGCUCCUCGAGCUCCGAGGAUUGAAGUCCCUGAACAACUAGUGGAAGACUCUAGACAUAUCCAGGCUCCUGUCUUCCAACCCGAACCUUUCUAUAUUUUUCCCGCCCCUCAGCCCCAGCAGUUCUCCGCCCCUCAGCCCCAGCAGUUCUCCGCCCCUCAGCCCCAGCAGUUCUCCGCCCCUCAGCCCCAGCAGUUCUCCGCCCCUCAGCCCCAGCAGUUCUCCGCCCCUCAGCCCCAGCAGUUCUCCGCCCCUCAGCCCGUUGCACAACCUCCAUUUCAGCCUCAAACUCCCUCAAGGAUUGAAUCUAGAAGGGAACAAAUUUCCACCUGCGGAACUCCAGGAGGUUUGGUACACGAAUCGCGACUCGGUACAAACUACCACUUUUCUUGGUGUGUAAAUUCCAAUGCUAACACUUGGGAUCAAGCAAACUCUUACUGCUCCAACCUUGGUAGAGGCUUCAAGAGUGUUAGUAUUGAAACAAAGGACAAGGACGACUUCAUAACGAGUGUCCUCGCUAAACAUGCUGUUCAGUUCAUCUGGACGAGUGGUAACAAGAAGGGCUCCAGCACCUGGCGAUGGUCCUCUGGCUACAGCUUCGCCUACACAAACUGGUCUCAUACUGGAGGGUUCGGCCGACCACAGCCAGACAACCGUGAGGGCAACGAAGACUGUCUUGGGGUGCUCAACAACUUCUACCGUGAUGGUAUUAAAUGGCACGACAUUGCCUGUCACCACCGUAAGCCUGUUAUCUGUGAGACCAGCCUCUGAAGAAACAUGUCCACCACUGUACUCUAGACUGUUAAUUAAUGCAUAUAUUAAAUGUACUAGG